AUGUUCUGUCAACGCGCCGGUUCCCUUUUUCCUUUCCAGAGACUCCUCACGGCGACGCUCCUCGUCGUCGCGACCCUCGCCAAGGAGGAGAGCACGUCGUCGAAGAACCGCGACAAACGUCAGCAGAUCACCUUUUUGCGAAAGGCUGGUCGUCUGCCGCCGUAUGCGGUGCAGAUGGAACCGAUAGUGCAAUAUUCUCAGAGAGAUCCUUUGUACAAUCCCUUGGCGAACCCGAAGAACGACGAUCUGUACGAAGAGACCCCGUUGAGCUAUUAUCAGACGGAACCCGAGCCGAUCAUCGAGAUCAUCAUCAAGGAAUCCAAUGAGUCUCUUCCGACUCCAGUGCCGCCAUCGCUUCCUCCCCAACCACGACCCACUAAGGAACCCAUUCAGGUCUUCUACGUGAAAUACGAGAAGAAAAAGGGCUACGGGGACAAGACCCGCGUCGUUUACGAUCCACCGAUCCCCGCGCUGACGCCGGUGGAGGAGCACGAGGAAAUUAAGCCGGACAACCCAGCAUCGUACGCGGAAGAGCCGACGUACACGGUGACACCGGCACCACCUCCGGAACCGUCGACGACCUUACGCGCCAUCAUUCGACCCGACAGCGAGGUGUACCAUUCCGGCGGCAGCGGUAUCCGCGUGACCUUCGGCACGGAGCAGGUGCCACCCAACAGUCACAGCAAGCGCAGCGACCUGGAGACGCCUGAAGGCAGCACCCGACAACACGUCAGCAAGCCGACGACGUCGCCGGGCGCGCCGAAGAGACAGCACGGGCCGUAUCAGCCAUUGCAACCACCGCAACCCCCGCGAGUGUCACCCGCGUUCCCACAACAGAGGAUUAUCCACUCGUUCCCGCCGCAACCGCAAGCUACGACGUUCUUGCAGCAGCAGCAGCAGCAGCAGCGACCGCUACCACCGCCACCACCGCCGCCAUCGACGCUUCAUCAAGCAUUUCCAUCUCAGCAAAUUUCCACCUCCUUGAGAAACUCACCACCGCCACCGCCAUCGAGACCAUUGCAGCGGCAUCCCAUAACAAUUCAGGGUCUCCCGGAGGUACAACAACGCGCGACGUUCAACACUUUCGGUCCGCCGCCGCAUCACGUCAACAUCAAUCACCCGCAGCAACCGGGAUUCCCGCCUGCGCUGUCGAUAUCGCAUCAGAGUGUUCAUGUACAGAAUCGACCAUUGUCGUUGCCACAAAAUAACUUCGCGGAACCGCCUCAGCAAACGUUAUCGGUCAGGCCUGGCGGCUUCAAUCCGGAGUCGCCGCCGCCGCAGCAGCUGUUAUCCAGACCGAAUAGUUUCAACGCGGAGCUUCCGCAAUCGCUACCUCCGUUUAAGCAGCAGGAAUUGGAGAAACAACGUUACCACGAGCAACGACGACAGCAAGAGCUAUUGAAGCAACGGGAGCAUCAACGGCAGCACGAGCAGCAGCGAUUCUUGGAUCAGCAGAGACAGGCCGAGCAACAGAGAUUGUUGGAGCAGCAGAGGCAACAGGAACAUCAGAGACAACAGGAGCACCAGAGGCUUCAGGAACAGCAGCGACUGCAGGAACAACAACGUUUGCAAGAUCAACAUCGGCUGCAGGAGCAGCAGCGUUUGCAAGAAUUGCAGCGCUUGCAGGAACAACGCAGGCGGAAGCAGGAGCAAGAGCUGAAAUUCAUUCAGGAACAGCAACGCUAUCGCACGCAGCUCAAGUAUAAUCAGGCGCAGCAGCCGCAAUUACAACCGCAAUUGCAGGUACAAUUACAGCCGCAAUUACCAUUGCAAUUAUCGCCGCAACGGCCGGCGAGUGAAAUCUUCAAGGCCGUGCCUAAGCUGGAGCAGCAUUUCGCAAUCCGAGAAAAUCCUCUUCAUCCCGGUCCGUUCCCGCCAAAUCCCACGAUAGUGCAACCAACGGUAACAUUCUCCGAACUCCCCCAAACCCAGUUUAUAUCCCCGCAACCGUUCAAUGCUCAUCACAAUUCCCAGCAACUGUCUGGAAGUUCGACAAAUCACUUUAUUUCCGGUGAGAGUCUGCAGCAACAAUUAAACCAGCGGUUAAAUACAAAGCAGUCUCAUCAGAAUACCCAGCAGAGCUUCUUCUCGCAAAAUCUUCCGACGUCGCAGCAGCAACCGCAAACCACUUUCUCUCAGCAGUCAUCAAUAUGGGGCCGGCCAUUGUUCCAGAAUAAUCCCUCGCAGAAGAUCUACGCGACCCCGGUUAGCCCCUCCGAGGAGCUCAACUCGCCGCCGUCGACCGCCAGAACGUUCCUACCGACAACCGCGAGUACGACUACUACAAGUACCACGACCACCGAAGCGCCAACCACGACGACGCUCUCGCCGAAUAAGGCCGCCAAGAUCAAGGAGAACAUCGCGAAUCUACCGGACGAGGUGCCGGACGACAUCAGGGAGCAGCUGCUGAGCUCCGGUAUUUUGGGCAACGCCGACAUCCAGAUCCUCGACUACGACAAGAUCGGCGAUAUACCGAUCGAGAAGCUGCCGCCGGAGGCUCUGGCGAAUUUCUACGGCGCCGGAGGCGGGGCGGCGAUUGCCGCCGGCAGCGAGCCCGUGCCGACGGUCAUCAGGAGGCCGUCGAAGGGGACGCAGAAGAAGGCAACGGCGAACCUGACCCCCGCUGGCUACGGCGGCGGUAACUCGACCAAGUUCGAGCAGGCCACCUUGCGGCCCGGUGGCGUGGAGAUGAAAGUAGUACGCUUCGAUCCGAAUACGGAGCACGGCCGGGCCGUGGCGGAGCAGCACAUACGGGACGACGCGACCCGGCUCGAGCCGGUGACCGUGGGAUCGCAGCGCGGGGAUGACGCGGCGCAGUACAAUCGUUAUCUGCCGCUUAAAGUGAGCGGCGCGUCCUUCCCGAUACCGGACGUGCCGGAGCUCAACGGCCGUAGGAUCUCGAGCGUCGUGGUGCUGGCGCCCGUCGACUACGACUUUCCCGGCGAGGAGAGGGAGAUCGCCGCGGCGGCGGAGUCGUUGCAGCGGCGCGGCAGGAAGGUCGGCGGCGACGCGCAGCCGGUCAGAUUUCUCGCCGGCGACACCCUCAAGCAGCUCGUGAAGAAGCCCACCGUCGAGAAUUACAAGAAAUGGCUCGAGCAGGAGAGCCGCACCGAGCCGCAGAGACAGUCGGUCGUGCUCCUGGUAACCACGCCGAGAGACGGUGACGGUCAGGGUGACAAGGAAAUCUUCAUGUACGACGUGACCUCUGGAUCCGUUAGCAGGCUGGCCGGUGAUCUCUCGACGGCCUUCGUGGACGCGGCCGAGAGCAAUUCCGACGGCACCGAUUCCAUCGACGACUCGACCUUCUCGGCAUAUUAACUUAGUCUUGUAAAAGAAAGGCUUUCUAUCUCGAAAUUUUUUAAAAUGUUUAACCCAGGCGCAUUUCUUUCUUUCGAACGGCUCUACAACACGAUAAUAUAUAUUUAAGAUUAUGUCACCGUUUAAAAAAAAAAAGGAUAAAAAAAGUUCUUUGCAUUGCGAUUAACAUACUUCUCGAGUGAUUUUAACUAAAUCGAAUAUGACUUUUUCGUCGUUUCGCGACGAAGAAAAUGGAUUGAUUUAGGUUUGUGUGUUGCUUAUGCGAUAAUGAAUAUCAAUGGUUAAACGCUGAUGAAAAACAGUAUAUAAACGAUGGAUUUUCUAAGAUCGCGUGGCGCAUUUCUUAAUUUAUACGAUUUGGGCAAAAUAGGGAAAAAAAAGAGGGUAAGGAUUGCGAAGAGAGUCGAAGAGAAUUGCAGCGUGGCAAAUUACUUCGUGUAUCCUUGUAGAUAUCUAUAAUAUGUAUUAUUAUGUAUAUAUAAGAAUAAUUUUGUACUUUUUUAUACGAAAUAAAACGCAGUCUUUUUA